AUGACCCGUAAACGUAAGAUUCCCCAAAACGAAGACAAUUCAUAUCAAAAACACCCCAAGACCAAUGAGUUUUCACAUCGAAAACGUGGUAACUACCAUGGAAGUCGCGAACAACAAGGUAAUCAAGGAGAGCAAAAGCAAUAUCACGAUAAAAGACAGAAGCGUGAUCAAAGGGAUCAAGGUGAAGAUGAAGGAAAAGGUGAAUUCCCAGUGGCAUUGGUUCGGUAUUUGGAGCAAAUGGCCAAGGAACAACCAACUGGAGAGCUGUGUAAGGAUUUUAUACUUUAUUUCUAUUUUUAGAAGAGCUGUUGAGGGGGCAGGCUGCGGCGACAUUAUAUACGAUGAAAGGUGUUUUUGUAAUUAAAUUUUCGAAAAUUUUAAAACCAUGAUUUUAAUUAACAUCUGAAUAGACAUGAGAAACGGGCCGGGUCGGGCCCAAUUUUCAGGCCCGGCUCGGGCCUAAAUUUUUUUACGUGGAAACGGGCCGGGCCCGAUCGAAAUUUUGCUCAAGGCCGGCCCGGCCCGUUUCUCAUGUCUACAUCUGAAGCUUAUUUUACGAAACUAAAAUUUAUUUUUAGUAGAAAUCUACACCGAAAAAUGUCUGGAAGAAGUGGAAGGUCAAGAAGAACAUCUACUUCACUUUGUCGAUGGCUGCAUGGUGGUAGAAGCUGUAUUCACAAAAUCCGCAACAGGAUCAUUCGAGUAUCUAAAACGGCUUCAGAAGCAGAAAAAGAAGCAAAGAAUUCAGUUGAUGUACACAAGAAGCGCUGAGCGAGUGAUCGAGAAGAUGAUCUACAAAAUGAUGCCAUUUAAGGAUGAACAUGAAGAUGUAAGUGGAUUAUUUUUUUUGCUUUGAUUGGAAUUUAGGUCAAAUUACUAUGGUUUUAUUAUGGUAGCUUAAGGCUUUGAUAUGAAUUUGAAACACGGCUUUGAAGUUAUAUUACACUUGAUAAAGGAUAAGAUAAAGGUAAAGCUCUCUUAUUAUUAUAGGUAAUAUCCUCAUGGGUUGAUUUACUGAUAGAAAACUGGAAUGAUGUGAUUGCCGAUCAAGCUUGCUCAUUUUUGAUCAGAGGAAUAGCCAAAGCCUUAUGUGGAAUCGAUUCACAGUUGUCUACCAUUAAAGAUGUACCAGAAGCUCUAAAAGCUGUACCAGACAAGAAAAAGCUUUCGAAUGGAUGGCAGAAGCAAGAGUUGGACAAAUUGUUUAUCAGGGCUUUUGAUUACACUUCUAUGAAUUGUAGGUUUUUAGCUGUGAAGAGUUUAUAUUGUUUUAGGGGGAUCUGUUGGGGAUGGGUAAUAUAAAUGGCUGAAAGGUGGUCUUGAGGCAAAUUUGUAGCAGUCUUGUUUUUUUAAGGUAAUGGUGGAUGUAAAAAACGUUUUUGAAGUUUGGUACUAUUGGUACUUUUUUAGGUAUGGUAGUUUACAUUGUUUUAGAGUAGUUAGAUGGGGCUGGGUAAUAAAGCUUUUAAACGUGAGGUUAUAGUUUAAAUAUGGGUAAAUUAUUAGUAAAAUAGUGAUUAUGCGAUUGUAAUGUAUGUAAAAAGUAUGUUUUGAAAUAUGGUACAGCUGGUACUUUUUUGGUUAUGAGAAAUUUAUAUUGUUGUAGGAGGUUUAAAUGCUUAUAGCUGCUUUGAAACUAUUAUGGCUGGUACUCGGGCUUAUUACAUGACACUCUGAUCUCUAUAUGAAAUAUUUUAGCCAUGUUGAUCUUGCAACCAGUCUCAUUCAUUCUUCAAGACUUUGCCGCUCUAGAGCGAAAAGCUCAAACCGGCCAAGUUCAAAACUUUGUGGCCAAAUUCAUCGAAGACGAAGGCUCGUUAUUGUCAUCUUUUUCAACUCCAGCUUCUUCAAGACUCUGGGAACAGCUGAUUGCUAAUGUAGAUGAACAAAUUCAGGAAUCUUUGUUUGUUGGCUUCAUAUCAGACAAUUUCAAGCAAUUGGCUACACAUCCGACCGCGAAUUAUCCGUUGAAAAAGUUUUUGGCGUCCACAAAGUCGGAGGAGAUUGUAAGUUUUUGUUUGUAGAAAUUUGUGGGAGGGGUGAAUUUUGGUGUUGAUAGUAUAAGGGGGUGCACAAGAGUCUGCGUAUUGGUUUGGUAUUAAAUUUGGAUCUACUAGCUUUAUUUUGAGCCGUCUGCGGGGAUUUGUAUUGAUAUAGAUCAUUAUUUUUGGAUUUUUCGAAAGCUGGUUUAAAAUCGCAAUAACUUUCUUUACAGCUAAAAUUUUGAAAUUUCCUAUUACAAAAGUAAAAACAGGUCUAUUUUGAACUGUUUUACUACGUAGACAAGGACAUUUUACAGCUUUUGAGAUGGUAUUUACUUGAUAUUUUUAUAGGCGACAGAAGUCUCGGCCCUGUUCCUAGAAAUCCUGCCAGAGUUAAUCGAACAAAACAAGUUGUGGAUCGUCGGACCGGCUUUGAAAUUACUGUCCAACUAUGCUGAUCUUCAAGAUGAUUUAAUAAAAGCCCUGAGGUCAUGUUUCAAAGCUGGGCGGAAAGACAGUCGACAGAAGUUUCUACCGCAUGUGCUAUGUUUGAAUGAUGUUGAGGUGGAGGAGAACGAUGGAACAGUGUCUUUUGAUGUCACAAAGGCUAAAGUUAAUGGGUGAGAUUUGGUUUUUUGAAAAAUUUGAGAUUUGGACAGUGGAGACAUUUUAUACGAUGAAAGGUGUUUUUGUACACAAUUUGUCGUAUAACUUGUCGCUGAAGUUAAAAUUUUGGGGAUUGAACGUUAACAACAUGUUUAACGUCGUCUAAUGUUUCAGGUCUUUAAUUUUGACCCAACUAUUCCACUUCAAAAAGAACCAAACAUUGUUAACAAGCCUAAAUGCCCUAUCACAAGAUACACUGGUCUCCUUGAUAUCAAGUCCAGUUGGAUCUCACGUCUUUGAUGGGUUUUUCGCUUCAAAGCACAUUGAUACGAGUGUUAAGAUUGAUAUGUUUGAAAAGUUAAACGUAGGUUUUGAAUUUUAAAAAUUUAAAAUUUUUGAAAAUGAUGACAAAUUCAUAAUGUAACAUACAUCUUUUAAGCCACAAAUGUUGAUCAAGGACAAGUAUGGAAGUCGAGUAUUUGAAAACUUUUGGUUUCAAGCGGAGUUGGAUGUAACUUACAGGGAAAAGUUGGUCCGAGAACAGUUCGUUCCAAUGCUGACUUCAAAGGUGGGUAGUGGAAUAUAACUUUUGAUGAAAUAUGGGAUGUAAUAUAAGAUUUUGGGAAGUUUUUGUUUGCAUAGUAAACAAGAGAAUAAUCUAUCUUUUUGUGAUUAUACUGGUUAGUAUUUAAAUUAUCUUUAAUGUAAAAUUUUGAUUUUUAUUUUUUUGGUUUUAGUGUGUAGUGUAAUAUAAUUUUGAUAAAAAGUUAGGUCGAAGGUUAGGCUAGGCACAUAAAUCUGUUUUUAAAAGAAAAAGAAGACUUUAAACUAUCUUUUAAAACUAAAUUUAUUACCUAAAAUAUCUUGUCAACAUCUAAACCCCUAAUUUUCAGGACAAGAACACCUUUGUCUACAUCCUCAUCAACAAGGUCGGUGUAAGGGAAUUGCGUGAAGAUCCAAAAAGAUGGCGACAGAAUCUGAAGCAGAAGAUUGAAGAAGGCAAACAAUAUCUUCAGUUUGAUCCCAGUUCGAAACCAGCUUCGAAUCAAAAUGAAAAUCCAACGAAUUCGUUUAAAAAACGAAAAAAUAAGAAAAAAUUCAAAAAAUUUGAGAAAAACGAGUGA